AUGACCAAGACCACCCCCGACGUGAAUGAACUUGUCAGCUUGAUAAAAAAGCAAGGACAAAAUGAAGGCCCAGAACGACCUCAUUUUCAGCCUUCUCCAGGCUACCCUGAAAACAACCACCCCCCCCCUGUUGCCAACGCCCCGACUGACCCAUCUUGUGUCGUGGCAGCGUUAUCGGCACGCAUACCCAUGUUCGAAUACGAUUUGGAAGCCGGGAAAACUUUUCCAAAAUGGAUUAACCGAUAUGGAGAAGUUAUCACACGGUUGAAGGAAAGUCCCUCGACGAGACUACCGAAGUCAGGCUUCUACUCAACAAAUUACCCGACGAAAUCUAUGAGCAAUUUGCUGCAAAGAUUUGUCCCAAGAACCCCUCCACGGAAUCUUAUGCGGACGUGGUCGCUACGCUGAGCGACUACUUCGAUGUUAAAAGAUCCCUGCUGUCCUGGAGGUUCGCAUGCACGCAAAUAAGUCGCCUGGAUGAAAAUCCAGCGGCUUACACGUCCCGUAUCAAUGAAACCUGCGAAAAGGCCAUUUUGAAAGACUGGAUUAAGGGCCUUGACGCAGCAGGAGACACUCAGAUACGUGCCUAUUUCAUCAAGUUUAUGGAACGACGAGUAGAAAGCAAACAACCCACCACCAUCAUGGACCUCUGCGAAGAAUGGCUGAGGAUUCAACGUCAGAAAACUGAAGUCCAAGAACUUGGACAGAAGUUUUUGAGUUGAAGACCAAAGCCUCCCACAAAACCCCGGUAGCUUCAGAAGGAAAUCCUACAAACAGGAUAACCUGUUGGAAAUGCGGCAGAGACGGGCACUCCUCACCCGUUUGUCGCAAUCCCAAAUCCACCUGCGACAAGCGACAAGUGUCAUCGAAAGGGACACUUGGCGAAAUUCUGCAAGUCCACCCGCGUCACCAACCCCAGGAAAUCGACUACGUCAAAGCCGAACACCUGGACCCGGUGCAAAGCUGUCACAGUUGCCAACGCAGAAUCCCCCCAAGUGCAAGCCGUCCGACGCUUCAUCGAUGUCGAAGUCGAUGGCGUCCAAAUCCCAUUCCAAAUGGACACCGGCAGCGAUUUGACUCUGGUCGGAACCCCCGAGUUGGAACGACUAGGCAAACCACCCUUGGAAAACGUCUCUUUCCGAGUGAAGAAUGCCAGCGGAAGCGACAUGGACAUCAACGGCCGCUUCAAGUGCAAUUUCCAGUUGAAGGACUCUCACGCCAGCGGCUAUGCCUACGUGAGAAAUUCCGGAAACUUACUCGGAUUGGACUGGCUUGAAAAAUCCACCCACAUGAGCUACCACCUUGACCAAAUGAUCAAUUCCAUCGAGAACGGUAGACCGUUCGGCGGACAGCUGAAGGAAGAAUUUCCGGAAGUGUUUGCUGAAGGUCUAGGAAAAGAAGUACUUCCAAAUCGAAAAGGAAGCCUUGGCUCUCAUUUUUGGAGUGAAGAAAUUUCACAAAUUCAUCUAUGGAAGAAGCUUCACUCUCCGCGCUGACCACAAGCCCCUUUUACCCAUUUUUGGGAACAAGAACGGAAUUCCUGUUCACUCACAAAACCGGCUCGUGCGAUGGGCGAUCAUCCUGCUCGGAUACAAAUGAUCCAACAUCAGGAGGCCCUUCAACAAGACGACGUUGUCAUCGCGAAAGUGGAAGUAGAAGUUCAAGAAGUGCUUCGAUCCAGCAUUCGAAGGCUUCCCCUGACCAACGCGGUCGUCCAAACCGCUACUCGUCAGGACAAAGACCUCCUACACCUCAUGAAGUUCGUGAGAUCCGGAAAAUUCCCUACCAACAUCCCUCCGACUUUGCGUUCAUUUGCAUCAAAACGAGAUGAUUUGAACGUAGUCGAAGGCUGUCUCAUGAUCGGCGAACGAAUCGUCAUUCCCAAGACCUUACAGCGAGAAGUUCUCCAAGAACUCCACGCUUCCCACGCCGGACUGGAUCAAAUGAAGCGAUUGGCCCGAUCCGUUGCUUUUUGGCCCGGAAUCGAUGCCGAUUGCGAGAACUUCGUGAGAAACUGCAAAGCAUGCAGUUUGCACAGCAAAACUCCCCGGAAAGUCCCUUUGUAACCUUGGCCUGCACCCGAACGUGUUUGGCAAAGAAUUCACAUCGACUUUGCCGGACCCGACCAAGGACAAUGGUAUUUGGUAGUGGUAGAUGCCAAGAGCAAAUACCCGGAGGUUAAAAUUGUCCACUCCAUCUCCGCCGCCAAUACCGUGAAAGUCCUUAAGGAGAUUUUUGCCAGAAAUGGUUACCCCGAAACCAUCGUCUCGGACAACGGAACCCAGUUCACCUCCCAACAAUUCGCAGAUAUGUGCCAGAAUGGCCAUAUCCAACACAUCAGAACUGCUCCCUACUGUCCCCAGUCCAAUGGUCAAGCCGAAAG